AUGAUGGAGAUGGCCGACGAUCUCGGACAGAUCCUCACCGUCUCUGGCAUGGAUUCAAUGUCUGGUGACGUGGAAACUCUUCUGGGACCUGCGUUCAAGAAUCAAAUCACUAAUUUCCAUCCACACGACAACUCCCACCAACAGCAUAACCUCCAUUUCGUGGAUAUGUCUCACCCAGCAAUGAUACUCCCACCACAACAGCAACAACAACAACAUCACCAUGCCCAUAAUCACAAUCAUAACCAAUUCUAUCCGUCAUAA